AAAUCACCUCACACAUUUUCUGUGAAAUUAACUCUUCAGAUGGCGCAUCUGCUUUGGAAAAAAACUCCAAUCCAGACUACCAUACUGACGCUAAACCAAGUGGGCUGGAGUUCAACAGUCAGAACCCCUGGCCCAAAAUCUUCCUUUUCCUCAAAUGUUAGCUUAUUUUCUGGUAACUUCAUUCAUUUUGUCAUUGUAAUACAGAAUUAUUCUCACUCCAUGUGGGACAUUUUCAAACUCUAAAGCAAUGACAGUAGUUUCCUUUUCCAUGUUACCCCCCGCUCUGUUCUAUUGUGCACACAGAGCUCUGCACCUCCUCCAAGUUGUACAGCAUUGUUAAAGGCUGACGUUAUCACGUUAUCCUUGUUCCAGUAAAGCUGACAUUAUGAGGCAAACGUAUAGGUAAAGACUGGACAGUGUGUUUGUUGUGUGCCUGCAUUCCUAGACAGCGAUUCAGAGUCGUGGGCCCGCAGCGUCAGACACUGCACAAAGUCCUUUGUUUUUGCCAUGGAAAACUGGAUCCUGGCUUGUCCCGAAGGAUUGUGCUUUAUGAGUCAAUGUUAUUCCUGUAAAAGAAGUGAAGCCUUCUGGCUCAAGUCAUACUGACAAUCUUAUCCCCUCAUUAAUUGUCUGUGGGGUCCAAUUAUGUAACCUUGAUGUGUUUGAUUAGAACUGUAACUAUCUGUUCACAUUGGUUGCCUUCUGGGUAGUCUUAAAGGGAGUCCUACGUCAUCUUGAACUAGUGUUUGUGUUGUUUCCAUUCCCACAACACUGCUUCCCUAUAGGCUUAAUGCUUAGUGACAGUUUCCAGCAUUUUAGAAUGCAUUUCAGUAUGAAUUCUCUAUGGAACCUCCUUGCAAUAGAAUUAGAGGAGUGGUUUUCUCUCCCUCUCAGAAACUAGUAGUGUAACAUGGGAGCACAACAGAGUCACCUUGAGAUAAGGGUCCGUGCUAUCCGGAAUCCUUGGGACUUCCUCCCUACCCCAUUGAAGUUGAAAUGUAAAAUGAUAGGGGUUCGGGGGGGGGGGGGGUUAUGCAAACCCAAACAAACUUGGAGUCACUGGAUGACAUGGUAUAUGGUCCUUCCACUACGACUCGGGAAACCAAUCAGUUUUUAGGAUACAGAUGAAAUAAGUACUGAUGAACUUAAGUGUUCAUAAAGUGCAUGGUGAUGAGCUUGAUGAUCCUUUACAAUAAAUAUCAAGAGUCUUAUUCUGAUGCUAUGAUGAUCGAUGCUUGACUGCUAUUUGACAAAUACAAAUAUUCUCACUCUUAUCCAAAAUCAUCUCAUGUAGACUAGCCUACCCACACAACCUACCUGCACUAUCUGCAACCAGAGUGGGCACAUUUGAGCUAUUUAAGGCAACCGUUUUCAUUAGAAAAAUGUUGGUAGAGUUGAAAAUGCAAUGGUUACACAUUGAACUUUAGAUUUUUAUUGGGUACAUACAAAUGUAAGCCAAAAAGUACAUGUUGUGUGCACUUUGUCAUCAUGCACUGAUUUUUUUAAAUAUUUUUGUUUAUCUUAAAUAAGUCUGUUUGGUGGAAACACCACUGGAGGGAAAAUUUGCAUAUUUUCUUCAUGCAGAUUUGAGAAUAUUUGCAUGAAAAUCUGUUGCCAAUUGGAUGGAAACAUAGUUUAAGACCAGCUUUAGUUGCACGACCUGCCUGGGAGAUUCUAGUACACUAAAACAAUAGGCAUUUGUAAAGGCCUUCCACUAGUUAUGUGGAAUUGAGGAAAUCAAAUGAGUAAUGUUUGCCUGUUGGCGUUUGUCUAAGCAGGGUAAGUCCCUGACAUUUUUGGAAGGACCAGUCCUUCCUCUUACCUGAGACAAGUAUCUUUGUUUUUCUUUCAUUCUUGGUUGACAAGUGGCACCAGCGUUGUUUACUCUAAUGAUUGUGGUUUUUUUUUUUUUUUAGAUCAGAUAAUCUUUGUUUUGGUCUUUAGGCUAUUUAUUCAGGGACAUGACUGUGUACUCUACAGUUAUCCUUUAUCCCCCACACUAGGACCGACCAAUCCAAUGUUUCUCCUCAGGUAUUGGGUUGUUCUGGUAUGACAGGGAGGGAGGACACACUAUGACUCAACAGAGACCAUCCAAACUUUACGUUGUUCAGUUUUACAGUGAAAGUUGGUUUCCCUGAAACGCACACCGGGAGACAAGAUAUUCUUCACAUCUGUCGUAGACAGGUGUGUGUGUGUGUGUGUGUGUGUGUGUGUGUGUGUGUGUGUGUGUGUGUGUGUGUGUGUGUGUGUGUGUGUGUGUGUGUGUGUUUCAGCAUUGCCUCCUGUUUCUGUCGGUUUCCAUGACUGUGUUAUAAAAACACUGGCUCUUUACACACACAAUGAUGAUAUACAGGUUGCUCACAAAUACUCACAUACAGUGCAUGCGUGAGUGUACAUGCAAUAUUCAGGUUUACUAUCACAUAGAGUAGGGCACUACUACUGACCACAGAUUGGCUAACACAGUAAACAGUCUCAGUAGUACAGAGACUGGUCAACAUUCCAUCAGACAAAAGGAUCUAAUUUGGGCGUUAGGUCAGUCCGAGGGCAGCGUUCCCUAUUACAUACAGCACUCCCCUCACUAAUGUGAUCUUUAUCUGGACAGCCUUUCUGCACCCCUCUGCUUUUCCACGCCAUCCCUCUGUGCACCAACCUAGUCUCGGGGCAUUUCGUAUUAUUCUGUUCGUAAAUCCGUCACACUCCAUUUAGUAUGAUAUGUUACGUUUUGUAUGGUAUGUAUUAAUUUGUGGAUGUCCAUCACCCACUUCGAAUUACAAUUUGUAUUAUAUGCUAUGAAUUUGCCCAGCAUAUAUGUUAUGAAUUCUAGCUAGCUGGCUAAGGUUAGCUAGGCUAGGGUUAAGUUUAUGAGUUUGUUUAAAGGUGAAGGCAGUGUUUCCCAAACUCGGUCCUGGGGACCCCAAGGGGUGCAUGUUUUGGUUUUUGCCCUAGUACUACAUAGCUGAUUCAAAUAAUCAAAGAAUCAUCAAGCUUUGAUAUAAGAGUUGAGGUUAGGGGAAGGGUUAGCUAACAUUCUAAGUAAAUGCAAAUUAGCUAAAAAGUAGUAAGUAGUUGAAAGUUGCAAAAGUUUUCUGUGAUGAUGAGAUUCAAACUCGCAACCUUUUGAGUUGCUAUAAUUUUGCAUUAUACGCCCACCCAUCCACCCCGACCAUCCACGCCGGACCACCUUUAAGUAACCAUCUGUUGUAUGUAACCAUACCAAACUUAACAUAUCAUACUAAUUAGAGUGUCCUGGAUUUACAUUUGCUAUGUUACGUCUAGUCUAUGAGACCAGGCUGUGUGCACGGGAAGGCCUGGAAAUAACAUUUUCACUCUUUUCCUGCUUACCUAUUCUUGCUUUAAUCUCUCUGUGUGUGUGUGUGUGUAGGCUGCAUGUUUUUGGAGCAUUAGUUUUCUCACACAAUGUACCAGAAGCCAUGAACCACCUCCAUACGAUUUUGUCCAAGUUACCAGUAAUAAGUGUUGUGUUAGAAUGAACCAUUGUAAACGGGAAUUGACCUGCCUAAUCUCCAGGAGUGGAUUUUCUCUCCAAACGCUGAUGAGCCAGAAUCAACUCUACUGCAGGUUAAGAGAACUGUGAUCCAUAGUGGCGCAGCAGUCGAAGGCACUGCAUUGCGGUGCUAGAGGCGUCACUACAGACCCUGGUUUGAUCCUGGGUAGGCCAUCAUUGUAAAUAACAAUUUGUUCUUAACUGACUUGCCUAGUUAAAUAAAAUAAAAAUGAGCCCCACCCACAGACCCAGGCUAGCACUGGGAUGUUCUGGUGCUUUAUAAAGGGAAAAACUACCCCAAUACCCCAGACAGGCAGCUGCUUGGCAUAUUUGUUAAGACUGUUACCUCAAUGUUUUUCUGCUUCCAGUUUACCGAGUGUCCUCCAGUCAAGGGGUCUCAUUUAAGGGGUCUCACUUAGACUUCAUUCAUCCUCAGAGCCUGCAGGUGCUCCCUGAUCUCUCGGCAACUCCAGCAUUCCUAACUCUAUGAACAUUCCGUCUCUUGUUGAAGCCAUACAUUUCUGCCUGAUUUGCCAAGUUUCUCUCUAGUCAAGGAUAUGGAUCAAUCAGCUCUGGAGUAGAGGUGUGGCGGCAGAAUCGUUUUGUGAAAAAUGAAGGUUUUUGUACAACAACCUAAUCAAAUCAAGCAUUACUCAACUAUAAAUUCAGACAAAUCAGUGCAUUCACCACAUUUUUUGUUGAUCCCCCCUCCACCAGGCUGUGUAGAGGGUUGUCAGGGUUUCUAUCUGAGAGGUGCUUCAUCCUCCUCAGAAACAACUGGAACACAUUAAGAUGCUGGAAUGUGGCUGUGGAUGGGGAGAGCUGAGGGCAGCCUUUGGUGUUAGUUGCUGGUAUUUAGUCACUCUCUUCACAGUGUUACCUACCUUGUGAUGGAUCACACCAACGAGACGUGACAUGUCUCAGGAACAAGGUAACCUACUUCCUUUACAUCGUACCCUGGCGAUCAGAGACAAGUAGAUACCGUCAUCCUAAAGAAAGGCCUGAAGCAACCGCUGCACUCCAGUGCAACAUGGGAGUGGAAGGUGCUCGGAGUGCUGUGACCACCUGACCAACUGGUACUAUGAGAAGGAUGGCAAGCUGUACUGCCGUAAACACUACUGGGAGAAGUUUGGAGAGCUGUGUCACGGCUGUUCUCUGCUCAUGACUGGACCUGCCAUGGUGGCCGGAGAAUACAAGUAUCACCCAGAGUGCUUUGUGUGUCUGAGCUGCAAAGUUGUCAUCGAGGACAGGGACACCUAUGCCCUGGUGGAGCGCUCCAAACUGUACUGUGGGAAGUGCUAUAAGCAGGUAGUCCUGGCACCCGUUUUGGAGAAGCGUUCGGCCGACUCGUCCCUGGACUCUCUGCCUCACACGGUCACCCUCAUCUCCAUGCCCUCUGCCACCAACAGCAAGAGGGGCUUUUCUGUCUCUGUCAUAGGGGACGCGGCCAGCGGCUUGGCUAGCGUGCAAGUCAAAGAAGUCAGAGGGAUGCAUAUCAGCCCGGAAGUUCGGAAUGCCAUCCACGUUGGUGACAGGAUCCUGGAGAUCAACGGACUUCCAGUGGGGACACUGAUGGAGGAAGAGGUGGAGGAUCUCAUCCAUAGGACCAGUCAGACACUGCAGCUGCUCAUAGAGUAUGAUCCAGUCAGGCAGCGGUUGGACAGGCUCAGACUGGGGUCCUCGCAAAACCGCUUGGGGGUCCCCGCCACCUCCCGCAUGCGCCUUUCUUCGCCCUCUAACAGUGUUCUGGAGAGAACAGACGUGGUGGAUGACGGCACCCUAAAGAGGAGGUCUCUAAGGCGUAGCAACAGCAUCUGUAAGUCCCCUGGGCCAACCUCCCCUAAGGAAUGCCCUAUCCUGACCCGGGACAUUGGGCGCUCCGAGUCCCUACGCUCCUCCAGCAGCUGCUCCCAUCGCAUCUUCCGCCCUUGUGACCUCAUCCACGGAGAAGUGCUGGGCAAGGGCUUCUUCGGCCAGGCUAUCAAGGUGACCCACAAAGCCACUGGUGAGGUGAUGGUGAUGAAGGAGUUGAUUCGCUGUGAUGAGGAGACGCAGAAGACCUUUCUAAAGGAGGUAAAAGUGAUGAGGAGUCUGGAACAUCCCCACGUGUUGAAGUUCAUCGGCGUGCUAUACAAGGACAAGAGGCUGAAUUUAAUAACCGAGUUUAUUGAGGGAGGCACACUGAAGGAUUUCAUUAGAGACAUGGACCAGUUUCCAUGGGAGCAGAGGGUUAGUUUCGCCAAAGGCAUUGCUUCUGGAAUGGCUUACUUGCAUUCAAUGAGCAUCAUCCACAGAGAUCUUAACUCUCACAACUGCCUGGUGAAACUGGACAACACAGUGGUGGUGGCAGACUUCGGCCUAUCCCGGCUCAUGGUGGAGGAGGUCAAGCAACCUCCCCCUGAGAAACUGGUCAAUAAGAAGAGGGUGUUCAGGCGCAUUGACCGUAAGAAGCGCUACACGGUGGUGGGGAACCCCUACUGGAUGGCUCCAGAGAUGCUGAAUGGUAAACGCUAUGAUGAAAAGGUGGACAUUUUCUCCUUUGGGAUUGUGCUUUGUGAGAUUAUUGGGCAGGUGAAUGCAGACCCAGAGUGCCUUCCCAGGACCUAUGACUUUGGCCUGAAUGUAGACAAGUUCAUGGAGAAGUUUCUCCCUGACAACUGCCCACCAGCUUUCUUCCCAUUGGCUGUGGCUUGUUGUGACCUCAUCCCUGAAAACAGGCCUGCCUUCCAGAAGCUGGAGGACUGUUUCGAGGCCCUGUUCCUUAACCAGGAGAUGGGCAUCCGUCUACCAGCCGAACUGGAAGAGCUGCACCAGAAACUGUGUCGACUCCACCCUCCAAAAGAAAGCUCCUCACUCCCAGCUCCCCAGAGCACAGUCCCAACUCCAGCCCCUCCAGAGGAGUCCAGCCUGGCUGACAAUUGCACCUAGCAGACGCCUGCCCCUCUGGAUCCCCAAGCCCUCCCUCCAAGACCACAGCCUGGACUGCACUAACACAGCUGGAGGAGGAGUGGGGAAGACAAACCUAACUCAUGCCAUCUGGGAACUGGAUAACCUGAGCUAGCUGGACCAAGCUCCUCUCUCUGUGUGUUAUUUUGAUAUGGUCUGUAGUGGAUGUGUGUGAGUGACCAUACAGCUCUGAGAGCACCAAGGAACUGCAGUGUGUGUAGACUGGAGACAAGGGAGGAGACACAUUUCAAUGAGAAGACUAGAGGUGUUUGGUAUUUAUUUUUGUCCUGUUACAUUUUUUAAAUCCUUUUUUUUGCACACAACAGUACAUGCAGGGUUUUACACAUCUGUUUACCAUGCUAUCAGAUCCUGUUAUGUGGUUGGUUCCCUGCUCUCUCAAUAUGAUUCCUUAUUUUAUCGAGACAAUUUAAUAUCAAUCCUCAUGUGAAAGCUGUUGUGUUUUUCACUGACUGUUUUUAUCUCGUGGGGUGGGUCUUAAGUUGUAGUGCUAUGUGUGGAUUGUGGAGAGAAGACUCGCUCGGCAGGCAGCAGCAGUGAAAAUAGAGAUGUGCGACAGACUAGCUGAUUGACGGAGUUAACCCAGGGCAGAGCAUUUGGAGUGAAGUUUGUUUACCAACAGGAGGACAGAGGGGUAUCCUACGAAGCGGUACCCUCCUACAGAGGGGUAUCCUACGAAGCGGUACCCUCCUACAGAGGGGUAUCCUACGAAGCGGUACCCUCCUACAGAGGGGUAUCCUACGAAGCGGUACCCUCCUACAGAGGGGUAUCCUACGAAGCAGGACCCUCCUACAGAGGGGUAUCCUACGAAGCGGUACCCUCCUACAGAGGGGUAUCCUACGAAGCGGUACCCUCCUACAGAGGGGUAUCCUAUUUGAGUAGUUAGCGAGGUUACUUUGGUCAACUCGGAAUAACCGGUCAUACGAAGGUGAUUCACCUUUUAUCCAGGUAAAUUUCAAUGACAAUGAAUCCUUCAGAAUGAACCUUUUCCGGGGCAGGCUAAUUCAGGUAACUCUGCUUACCCUGAAAUGACUGAGCCACGCGUUGAGGACUGCAUCGUCAUCCCUUUCAAUUGGAGGAAGACGACUGAUUCAAAUAUAUCACAUUUAUUAUUGACGGAAUGCGUUUACAUUUUCCAGCACAGUACCACUUUUGUAUGACUUAAUGCAGUUAUUUUAUCGAUAGGAGUGGGGAAAGACGGUUGUGCAUUGAUACGCACACCAAAGUCUGCAUUAACUAUAAGUAAUAAAUAUACCAUAGCCUGCUGAAUUUGCAAGAUAACUUUUAUUUUAGUUUGACUAUAGCACAAAUGAAAAUGUGGCACUGACUUGCUCAUGGAUCGAAGUUUUAGCAUUGUCGCAAUGAAGAGUUCAGCAUUCAACUAGCCAUGUGCAACAUGCACUCGCAGUUAUAAUUCUGCUAGAGUUAGUGGCAGGCGGACAAGCAAUAUCCACCGUCAUAGUACAGAUGAAGCCUGAGCUGGAAUGUGAAGCUAACUGAAACUAGUUAGCUUUAGAAAACGCUAAGUAGAUUUAGCUUGCUUUGUAGGAUACCCCUUUGGUGUGAAGAGCACAGCAGGGACCAAACAAGCACUCUCUGAGGAGGCCACACACUGUCACACCAGUCAGAGAAAUAUGUGGAGCUGUGUCAAAGGAAUGUUAUGAGCUCACUGACCAGGAAAAUCCUCGUCAAACAGUGAUUCAACUUGAAAUGUGACCUUAAUUUUAGAGAACUUCCAAGCUUCACUGAUGGCAUCAGAUCCACUCUACAACCGUUAACAUUAAUCAUCCUUUAGUCUUAUUGUCAUUUGGUUUGUGGUUCGUGGGGCAUCUACUAAUGUAAAGUUACUGUAGAGGGUGGACAUGGUAGUGUAUAGAUUUUCUUACAAUUAACAAAAUGUUUUUAAUCCACUAAAUUAACUCUGAAUUUGUUUUUGUCCACGUGCACAUGGACAGAUUUAAAAUUGUAUUAUGAUUUGGAGCUGUUGACUGAUUUGGAGUUCGUUAUAGGAUGAGUAGUGUUUUUACAUACAGCACACCUUUUAGAACCAGACUUGUACCUGGUGCUUGUUAAGGACCACUCAACACAGAGCUCUGUAUGCGCUCCAGAAUCUCAACUCUGAUUGGACAGCAUGAACCUGGUGUGUACUCAAUGGAGCUCUGCUCUCUCUCAAAGGCAUUGUACAAUUUACUAAAAAGGCUCUGUUUACACAGGCAACCCAAUUAUUAUAUUUUUCCCACAUUUGUCUUGACCAAUCUCAUCAGGUAGCCUAGCGGUUAAGAGCGUUGGACCAGUAAGACAUGUUUCAAAUCCCCAAGCUGACUAGGUAAAAUCUGUCUGUGCCCUUGAGCAAGGCAUUUAACCCUAAUUGCUCUGCUAAAUGUAUAUUUUUUCUGAUGUGAUUGGUCAAAGGACAAAUUAGUGAAAUAUCUAAAUUGGGCUGCUUUUGUAAACCCUAACCAAGUGAAUUGUAGUUAAAUAAAACUGGAUUUAUAUAUGUAAGUUGGCUGUAAGAAAUGUAUGUAUGCCUAAGGGAAUCAAGGGUUUGUUUAGAAUAGAGAUUUAAAUAAACAUGGUUUUGUAUGCUAACAAUCUAAAGGUACACAUUGUAAUCACUUAUCACCAUGAUGUUGAAUAAAUAAAAUGCAAUUUC